AGUCUGUGUUUUAUAAAUAGAGGGAGUAUGGUUGGACUUCUGCAACCUAGACAGAUGACUUCGUUUUGUGCAAUUGCAUCUGUAGCCAAUUGCAUUCCAUAUUCUUCUUCCUUCUCUUCCAAUAAACCUUCAUUUUUCAAACACCAGAGAAAAGACCCUGUCGUAAAAUUUACAUGCAGAGCCAAAAAUGAUGACCAAAGACCUGAAACCACCACCAAAAAUGGCGAAAAUUCUCCAGAGAAGCUUGACAGGAGGGAUGUUCUUCUCGGCUUAGGCGGGCUUUAUACCACAAGCCUUGCUGUAAAUCCGAUGGCCAUAUCUAAGCCAGCGCUUCCUGACUUCAAAGAUUGUAUUGAAGCCACACAACCCAACGGAACACCUAUCAACUGCUGCCCUCCGCCGCUUGUCGAUGAGGUUACGGAUUAUUGUCCUUGUGCCACCACUGUCAACAUUCGAAAGGCUGCUCAGUCAUUCACUGUUGAUUCAGAUUAUUACAAGAAGUAUUCGAAGGCCAUUCAGAAAAUGAAGAACCUUGCUCUGUCUGAUCCACGCAAUUUCUUGCAACAAGCAAAUGUCCAUUGCGCCUACUGCGAUGGAGGUUAUACUCAACAGGGACAUCCAAAUCUUUUGUAUGAAAUCCAUAAUUCUUGGCUGUUUUUCCCCUGGCAUAGAUGGUUCGUGUAUUUUUUCGAGAAAAUUUGCCAAAAUUUGAUUGAUGAUGAUACUUUUGCUUUACCCUUUUGGAACUGGGAUGCUCCUGCAGGAAUGCAAAUUCCACCAAUCUACAAUUCUGGUGUCACAUCACCUCUGUAUGACACCCUUCGAAACCCGAAACACUUGCCACCGUCGGUGGUCAAUCUAGAAUGGUUCAACGACGAUGCAACGGUAGAACCGGAAGUUCAAAUCAAAUACAAUCUUGCCAUAAUGUACAGACAAAUGAUAACCCAGUCAAAGACUCAAAUUGAUUUCUUCGGAAAUCCUAUUAGGGACGGUGAUGAUGUCCCCAAGAUCAGUGCCUCCGGUACAAUUGAAAUAACUCCUCAUAAUCACAUGCAUUCUUGGACCGGAACCUCAGUGGACCCUAACAAUCCAAUCAACAUGGGUGUCUUCUACUCUGCCGCUCGAGACCCAAUUUUCUCUGCUCAUCAUACAAAUAUUGAUCGGUUGUGGACCAUAUGGCUGAAUCAACUCAAGGGAACCAAUAUUACAGACCCGGAUUGGUUAAAUGCCUAUUUCAUAUUCUACAAUGAGGAGGCAAAGCCUGUAAGAGUGAGAAUUCAAGAUGGUCUCGAUAUCACAAGACUUGGAUAUGCAUAUGAAGAAGUGCCGAUUCCAUGGCUCGAUGCCAGUGCAAAGCCAAAAUCUCGGACAAAGGCAAAAACCUUGCCUUCUGCACCUGACCCUGCUCAGGUUUUCCCAACAACAUUGGACAAACCCAUAAAUGUGAUCGUCAAAAGACCAAAGAAGUCAGGAAGCGGAUCGUCAGAGGAGAUACUCGUUAUUGAGGGAGUAGAAUACGAUAAAAGAAGCUACGUUGAUUUCAAUGUGUACAUCAACGAAGACGACGUGAAUGCUUGUCGUCCAGACAAUGCUGAGUUUUUGGGGAGUUUUAGCAAUUUGCCCCAUGGACACCAGAUGAGUGUGAAAACAGAUAGACAAUUUAGGAUUUCUGAAGUGUUGGAAGAAUUAGGAGCUCAGGAUUAUGACAGGGUACUUGUGACAUUGGUUCCGAAGAGUAAUCCGGUGAAAAUAAAUGGUAUCAAGAUUAAGUUUGAUCCCUAGCAAGUUGCUGUAAAAGAUUUAAUGGUGCUUGGUAUGGAAGCUAUUUAUUUAGUUAUUAGAUUACCAGUUGGUUUAACAGUUUUAACAGCUUUUUGUUGAGAGUUAGUUUAGAGAUAAUUGCUAUGAUAAAUCAACUGGCGCGUGGUUGGCUCUAAUUGUUUAAAUAAGGUCUUUAUAUCUUUUAUAGAGCAUAGUGAAAGUGUUGGUACUCCUUAUCUGGGAAAGCACGCGGAAAACUCAUAUUUGAAUGGAGAGCUUUGAGAGAGAAUUUGAGUGUGUAACUUCUGCUUUCAUGGUGAAUUGACUGGGAUAUUGUCCUGUUCUUGAAUAUAUCAAUUUUUGAUCUGAAUCCU